AAUAUGAGAAUUAAUAAAUUAAUAAAAAAUAACCAAUCAUUAAAUAGCAUAUGCAUAAUAUGAAUGAAAAAAUAUUUAAUGCUAUAAAAUAGUUAUGGCUAUAAAAAUUGUACAACACUUACCAAUUAAUUAUCCUUGAGUUAGAUCAGAGUAUCCAAAUCUAUUUUCAUAAAAAUAUAAAAAUCACAUCUGUGUUUCUGGUCCAAGAUUCUGAUUUUGGCUUCCUAAGUUAUAUUGAUUAUAAAAUAAAAUCUUAAAAAAUGAGAAAUAAAUAGUCAAAAGACAUAAAUUCAUUUCCUAAUUAAAGGCUUUCCAAAAAGCUAUUGGCAACUAUCUCUCUCCCAUAGACGCUCUCUAGCUUUCAAGUAACAGAAACGCUCCUUUCUCCGGUCCGGCGUUUGUGUCGGAACCGGAGGCCGUCCUCCUCCUUUCCUUUCUCUUUUUUAUUUUGCCUACUCCCAUCUGUUCAACCUCUGUCGAUAUGCAAGCGAUUCUGAAUGUGUCCGUUUGUCACCGGAGACCUCGCUGUUGGUUGAAGGAGACAAGACGACGGUUCUGGAAAAGCGGCGAGACUAAGGAGCGACUGAAGCGGGGGAGGUCGGCUUUUAGGACUGAAGAAGUUACUAGAUCUAGUUUUCCUCUUUUCAGAUCUGGGGCGAUUUCUUCAGGAUGCCGGCACGUGACCACAGUGGGAACCCUUCUCCGUCUUAGAUCUACCUCACUGUGGAGGUGAGAAGUACGGAAGAGCGAUUGACAAGCGGUGGAAGAUGUUUUGAAGCUCCGGUUCUCGGAAUCAACGUGUCGCAGAGUCCUUCGUCGCCGGAGUAGUCAACCGGAGGUGGUAGAUUUGCAGCAGGUACACGGUGAGGCUCUACUUCCCAGCGCCGACGGUGGUCUGGUUACUUCGUCGGUGGUACGAGUCUCACAUCAUCUGAAGCUAGAUUUUGCUGUUCCGGUUACGUUAUGCUGUCAUCAAGUCCGCCUUUUAUCAGUACGGUCGUGUGCCGUCUUUUCUGGCUUAGGAGCGGGACAAGAAAUUUGGUGGUGGUGGUCUAGGUCGGGAAUGCUCCGGAAGGAAUGGAUGUGUUGGUUCAAGCUUAUCAUUCUUAUCUUUUGGUGAUUAGCACUUUGCUCUUGUAAUUAGUAGCCUGGUUUAGAUUCUAUCACUGCUGGAUGUAAGGUCUUCGUCUCUUGUGGUCGAUUUAGGUGGUUAAGAGGUGGCUCUUCAUGAGUCGUAUGAAGAGUUCAUCUAAUCGGGGUGAAAUGGGCAACGAACAACAACCGGGUAGUGUAGGAUCCAAUCAAGUGAUCUUAAGCGAUACUAGGUUAAUUCGUUUGUCCUAGUGGUUCAAUCUCCUGAGAGGUUUAAAUUCACUACUAUAUAAAAGGAGCUAUUUUUGGAGCUUCUAAAGUGUGCCACAUGGGCAGAAAUAUUUCCCACCAAUCAAUCUGCCAUGUCACUACGGGCCGGGUCACAAACCAAUUUCAAGUUCCGGUCCAAACUUGUCCCAUUCCGGCCCAACCUCAGAUGCUUCUUAUUAUAUGUGGGACCCACUAUGUACUUACUAGCUUAAAAAAUCGUAUGAGGUUGUUUCUGGGCCAUAAGUUUGAUUUACGAUGGUAAUCCUUAGCCCAUUAAAAAGACACUCAAGGCUUCGUCCGCUCUGAUCUAGGGUUUCCAAAACUAUUUUUCCUUUCGACGAUAUGGUUGCGUCUCUGCCCUCCCCCCCCCCCUUACUUUAAGAUACGUUAAUCGGUAUUCAUGGCAGUCUUAAUUUUCUACACCCCUUCCAUCUUCCUUAUGAUACCCUUAAUGACUCCUCUGUUUCAAAACGUCAGCCAUAGCCCUCUCUAUAUAAAGUCGAUCCUCGAGACCGGGAUUAAACAUCGCAACUCCCAUCCCUGCUUUCGUCAUCCGCAGUGGCUUAUACUACAGACGUGAAAAUGUCUUCCUUUGCUGUUUUUGGUGCUCAAUCAGCCGGUCCCCACGCUACUUUCUAUGAUCUCCGCCUUUGUCGGCCUACUCAAGUCGUUGUCGGCCGUCUCUUAUGCUUUUGGGAUUCCCGCAAUAUCAAUAAGAAUGGCGAGUUCAUGGGUAGCACCAUACUCUUCCUAGAUGAAAAGAUGAACAUGUAUGUACAUCUACUCUUUUAGAUUAAUGAUUUACCUAGGAGUUUCUUGAUCUAGAGUGUAAAAUUAUAAUUACCAAAAACCCUUAUGUCUGUUUGUGAGAUUUGAACGCAGCUGAUGUAACUUUGUCUAGAAUAUAUAUUUAUGCUAAAUCUGCUGCUCAAAGGUAUAGUCAUUUCAAUAUGUAUCACUCAUUUGUAACCUAAACUAAAACAUACUUGCUCUUUUCAUGGUAACUAUAUCUGAACUCCACUCCGGCCACCAAGUUCUACUUUGACACCACCAUCCCCGCCAUUGAAGCAUUCACAGAGAGCUUGGGAGGUGCAGCAGGAGAGGUUUUUACACGGAUAGAAACCAUGGGAGGUAUUAGAAAGAAAGAACUUGUGACAAUUGGUGAUAUUCAUACCUACCUGUCCAACUCCAACGCCAAGAAACGUCGCAUAAAAGCUCUGUAACAUACACCAAAACAUAGAGAAAGAGAGACAGAGAGAGAUUUGGUUAUCAGAUCAAACCAAAAAUGGGGAAGAGAAGAGGCGUCUCCGCAGUGAACGUUGUAUUCGGGUGGUUGAGACACCAAUCGAAAAUGGUUAAGAUACCUUUAGGGAUCAUCCUCUCUCUGAUCCUCGUCGUGUUUCUUAGAUUCACCGUCAAGAAUCACAACCACUUCUUUGUUGCCUCUGAGCUCAUCCAUGCCGCCGGAAUCAUAAUCCUCAUCUAUAAACUCACCCGUCAAAAGACUUGCUCCGGUCUUUCUUUAAAGUCUCAAGAAGUGACAGCAGUGUUUCUUGCUGUGAGGCUGAUCUGCAGUAUAAGCAUGGAAGGUGAUAUCCAUACAGUUCUGGAUUUCGCCACUUUGGUUUCGACUUUGUGGGUCAUUUAUAUGAUUCGAUUCAAACUGAAAGCAUCUUAUGUGAAGACUCUGGACAACUGCCACCAUUACUAUGUGCUUGUUCCAUCUGCUAUCCUUGCUUUCAUUAUCCACCCGAGUACGAGAUAUACUUACAUCAACCGUGUCAUGUGGGCGUUUUGCGUUUACUUGGAAUCUGUCUCUGUUCUGCCUCAGCUUCGAUUAAUGCAGAAUGCUCAAAUCAUAGAGCCUUUCACAGCUCAUUACGUGUUUGCGCUAGGUAUCGCUAGAUUUUUAGCAUGCGCUCAUUGGCUUAUCCAGGUCUUUGAGACUCGUGGACGUUACCUAUGGCUAAUCGGCGCUGGUUACUUCUGGUUCCCGAUGGCUCUAUUAGCCGAGGCCGUUCAAACCUUCAUCCUUGCCGACUUCUGCUACUACUAUGUCAAAAGUGCUAUGGAGGGUCAGCUCGUACUGAAGAUGCCCGUUUAGAUCAGUACAGAUGAAAACCGAUACAUUUUGUUGUUUUUGUCAACUUAAGCUACCUGUAACCAAAAGUAGAUGCUUAAAAUAAUCUAAACAGGUUUUUUUCUUCAUUUUCCUGCUUUUUGUUUCAGAAUAUUUAGAGAAGUUUGGUAUCAAAAAUAGCCAAGAAUGGUCUUUCUCUC